AGCUUAUUUUUCCUUUUAACCCCUGCCCCUGCCCCGGGUACAACUCGGAGCGCUGUCUAUCACAGAGACACGGGGGCGAGAGCAAGUCGGAGCUCUAAACAAUGACCAGCUUCGCGUCCCCGUCGCAUCCCGUAAGCCUCGCCUUCACACCGUCUUCCAAUAAUCAUUCUCUGCUCUCUUCUCCUCCUCCCAAUUCGAUCGUCUCCCGAAAGCCCCAAUUCCACAUACCCGGACGGCUCCGACCCAGCAUCCGUCAACACCGAUCGCCGUGCCUCGCUGCAUCCACCGCCGAAAACGCCCCGGAGGAGGAGGAAGAGGAGGCGCCGGUCCGGGAACUCAAGGUUCCCGUCGCUUGGCUGACCCCAUCGAUUGCCCUACAGGAAUCGGAGUGGCUCCGAGCCGCUUUGCACAGGUGGUUGGACGACGAAUACUGCCCCGAAGAGACCAAUGUAGACAUCAGCAAGGUCGCGGCGAGAUCGUACCUGGAAUCGCUGAUGGAGCGGCGGUCGGAGCUGGGCGAGAUAUUGCUCAAGAUGGCGAAAGACUUGGAGAGCCAAGUUUCGUUCCGAGAGAGCUUCCAUGGGGCGUUCUCAUCGGCCAAUGCGGCCAUCCAUUUGAUCACUUUGAGGAUCGGCUCCAUGGCUGAUUGACCCCGAAACAGAUGAGGCUUCUUCAGGAAUAAUAAUAAUAGCAAAUUUACUGAAAAAGAAUACACGAUUAGCAAUGGACAAUGUGACGAUACAAGUUCACGUAUGACUUGAGAGUUUAAAAUCACGAUUUUUUUUGGGUUAGCACUGUGUAUCUGAUUUACUGUCCUAUUUCCUGAAAAAUUUCGGUGGAAUCUGCCACCAGCGGCUGUA